AUGUCCACCCACGGUCCAAUCAAUGGUGUAAAAGUUUCUCCCAUUGACGAUCCCCACAAGGUCGUCAAAGUUAUUGCCUCCGACGGCAAGACCGGCGACACCAGAGACCUCACCUACACAAACUGUAAAGUAGUCGGAAACGGUUCCUUUGGUGUCGUAUUCCAGGCAAAGCUCGUCGGCUCUCCCGAGGAGGGCGAAGACAUUGCCAUAAAGAAGGUCUUGCAGGACAAACGCUUCAAGAACCGUGAACUACAAAUAAUGAGACUCGUUUCUCAUCCAAACGUCGUUGACCUUCGGGCCUUUUUCUACUCCAAUGGAGACAAGAAAGACGAAGUCUAUCUUAACCUCGUUCUGGAAUACGUCCCAGAGACCGUCUACCGCGCUAGUCGCCAUUAUGCAAAACUCAAGCAGCCCAUGCCCAUGCUCCAGAUCAAACUCUACAUGUACCAACUCCUCAGGUCCCUCGCCUACAUCCACUCCGUCGGCAUCUGCCACAGAGACAUCAAGCCACAGAACCUCCUUCUCAACCCAGCAACCGGCGUUCUCAAACUCUGCGAUUUUGGCUCGGCCAAAAUUCUCGUCGCUGGCGAGCCAAACGUCAGCUACAUCUGUUCCAGAUAUUACCGCGCUCCAGAACUUAUAUUCGGAGCUACAAAUUACACCACCAACAUCGACAUUUGGUCAACAGGAUGUGUGAUGGCUGAGCUCAUGCUGGGCCAACCGCUAUUCCCAGGAGAGAGCGGUAUCGAUCAGUUGGUCGAGAUUAUCAAGGUCCUCGGAACACCCUCGCGUGAGCAGAUCAAGACCAUGAACCCCAACUAUAUGGAGCACAAGUUCCCGCAAAUCAAGCCCCACCCGUUCUCAAAGGUCUUCCGGCCACGCACCGCGCCCGAGGCUAUCGACUUGGUGUCAAAGCUGUUGGAGUACACACCCGGAGCGCGGUUGAGCUCUAUUCAAGCGAUGAUUCAUCAGUUCUUCGACGAACUGCGGGCGCCAGGGGCCAGAAUGCCGAAUGGGAAGGAGUUCCCUCCCUUGUUCAACUUUACGCGCGAAGAACUGUCUGUGCGACCGGACUUGAUUCGACAGCUGGUACCGCUGCACUGCGAACCCGAGCUGGCCUCGCGGUCGAUUGUGUUGGACAACUUUGUGCCGAUACCACUUGAGCAGCUCAAGAUCUCGCUGGAUUGA